UGGCCGUCAGGCUGUUGUAACGCGUAUUUCCUGACUCGCCCAAAAGACGUUUCGUUUGCGCACCACGAGUUACGGAAGGAACUGUAAUAUUAUCAAAGAAAAUGCCAAGAAAAAGGUGCUUUCACAUAAUAUUUCUCUUGUUGCUGUGUUUCAUCAAUCAAGCCUCUGUUUCUAGAGAAACAGACUGGUACAUUUCCCGUGAAUCAGGUAACGACAGUUGGCCAUGUGAUAGAACAAAACCAUGCAAACACAUUUGGAAGGCGGUCACCAUGGCGUCCAGCAGGGACUACAUUUACGUGGACGGCACAAACACUGACAACGAUCCCUACACCUGCCAAUCAGAAACUCCACCUCAUCCGGGAAUUUACAUCAACAAGAGCCUCUCUCUGGUAGGAUUCGGUCCCAAGCCUCCUCACAUACGAUGCUCUGAGGGUUUGACGUUUGAUGGUUCUGAUGAUGCGCAGCAGAUGCAUAUCACCUUAUCAGGUCUGUUCCUGGACGAGGGCUUGGUGUAUUUUCAGGAUUCGUCUGUUAACAUCGACAGAUGCAAAUUUGAAGGAAGCAAACAUGGUGUGCAGUUCUUAAUUACCACGAAGAUGGUUUCAAACAUUCAAAUUACAAAUUCAGUCUUUGUUAAGAAUAGUGAGUGUGUCUCAGUUGUUAUCAACAAAACAAUCAACCUAUCAGAGGCUGUCCACGUAGUUUUCACAGUGAAACAUUCCUCUUUUCAUGGCAAUGUCAUAACAGAUCAGGGAAGCUGUGUGUCUUUCCAUGAAUCAUCUGAUAAUAAACAUUCUGUAAGUCUUAACAUCACGCUGGAAAAUGUCACGUUUAUCCACAACAAUUUCAGUACGAAAGGUCUUGUUUUUUUAGAUAUGGAAAAUGCCACCCAGGAUAUUCACUUUCAGAAUGUGACGUUUAUGAGCAACAAUGCCAUAUCAGACCGAGAUGUUUCUUCGGGCUACGGUCAUAGUGAAUGUAUUGUUCACAGCAGCAUUGUAAGUGUUUUUGUUAAUGCAAGCAGCUUCACAGGUCAGCAAGCUCGAUCAUUCAACGUAAGCGCAAGAAAAAUUUCAUUACAGAUUAAUAACUCUAGUUUUCGUGGUCACGAAGACGAAGGAAAUGGCGGAGCCAUUUACCUGAGAGGAAGCGUCCAUUGUGUACUUAAAGUUUCGGAGUCAAAUUUUACUAACGCUUACGGUUCUUCGGGGGGUGGUGCUGUCUUCAUUACGGCUCUCACUGCAUCAGUACAACUGCAUCAUACUACUUUUUCCAACUGCACAUCUUUAGGAACAGGGGGUGUAUUCAUUCAUACGAUGUCACGGGAAAUGAGUGCAGGAUAUGCUUUGCAUUUGAUUGUAGACAAUUCCCGUUUUGUGGGUUGUAGAUCGAAUGAUAUCGGUGGACCCAUAAGUGUCCUGUAUGAAAGCCAAGUCAAUAUAAGCAUCAGCAGCAGCCAUUUUAUUUCCAAUUAUGCUGCAACAGGAGGAGCUAUAAGUCUUUCACCGAUUAGAAAAGGUGAUAAAGACUGGAAGAGCAAGCCCAGCCAAGUAACAAUACAAAACUCAACAUUUUUCAACAACAGUGCAAUAACUGGCGGUGCAAUAUAUUUGGUAGCAAAUAAUCAAAGUACUCUAAUCCUUGAAAAUGUCAUCAUGGAGUCAAAUAGAGCGGAGGGGACUGGAGGCGCAGCUUGGAUCAGCCCACUUUUUGCGUUCAAAAUACUCCAUUCCCGAUUUUUGAAGAAUAUUGCUCAGGAAACUGCUGGAGCGAUCAUAGUUAGGGAUGUAAACACACUUGAAAUAAAGGAUUCACUCUUUGACGGGAAUAUCACUGGGGAUUUUGUGGAGUUUGGUGGAGCCCUAUUUAUCAGUUGUGGCGUAAUCACCACGCUUAUUAUAAUCACGAACACGACAUUCAAGAAUUGUUCAGCUAAACAACAUGGGGGUGCUAUAUACCUUAUCCAUUAUGGUAAUGUCAGUCUGGUGAUAAGAAGGUCUCGUUUUGUGGAGAAUCUAUCAUUACAAACAACUGGAGGGGCACUGUCAAUACAAUUACCUCAAGACAAUGAUAAAAAUCCAGGAUGUGUCCCUCAAAAAGUUAAAUUAGCCAGUCGGAGAAAUGACGAUGAUCAUGAUGAAGAAUUUGCUUCAUUGGUUUCCAAAAAUCACCUGAGUUUUCAAGAUACCACGUUUGAGAGGAAUGCUGGGGUUGUCGGUGGUGCUGUGUAUCUAUCGAAUGGAAAAGCGACAUUUAUAAAUUGUUCCUUUACCGAUAACUUUGCUUCAUCUCAAGGUGGCCAUAUAUACACAGUACAGGGAUCCGCGAGUCUUAUCAUACAAGGAAGCCUUUUCCAGCAAACCAUGAAAACAUUGCAGCUAUUCACAAUGAACUACUCCAAGGCUUCGUUUUUUCAUGUAGAAAGUUCAGGACCAUUUAAAGUAUACAACACGACAAUGAAUGUCAGAGCAUACGGUGUUAAAAAUCCACUCAUGUUAGUAGCAAACGGUAGAGUGAUAGACCUUGGAGAUGACAGUCUCACAAAGUUUUAUUGCCCAGUUGGAAGUGAGAUGGAAAUUCUUCGUUUUACUCAAGAAUUCACGACUCAGGUUAACAACACACCAUGUAAAAUUAAAAUCACCACACUUGAACUUAGCUGUUCGCCAUGUGAAGGGAACUCCUACAGCCUACAGCGCGGCUAUGCGCUAGGCUCCAGGUUAGCGGCAGGAUUUCAAUGUCUUCCAUGCCCGUUUGGAGCGAAUUGUACACAAAAUAUUUUAGCCAAGCGUAACUUUUGGGGUUAUAAAGAACAGAAAAAUCCACUAUCGCUUCAUUUUAUCAUGUGCCCUGCGGGUUAUUGUAGUCCUCCUCAAGAAGCGAACUUUCCAGAAUACAAUGGUUGUCAGGGCAACCGUUCUGGCGAAUUAUGUGGACGCUGUGAUGAUGGCUACACGGAGACACUUUACUCUACAAAGUGCAGACCAUCGCAUCAGUGCAAAGAUUAUUGGUUCUGGCCAGUAGCUUUAUUUUAUGUAUCGUUCAUGGCAUUGUACUUCAUAUUUACGCCUCCUAUUGUCCCCUGGAUCAAGCGCCAAACCUUGUGGUUCAAAGAANGUGGGUUACUGCGAUCCACCCGACGUAGUUAA